CCUUGGCUAAUUUAGGCAUUUAAAAAACUUUGUACCUUGAUUUUCCCUUCCAUAAAAUGCCUACUCCAUACAUGUUUAAAUGUUUUAAUAUUAAUUCCCUAAUCUUCCUCAGUAUUUUCUCCCCAGAAGGAGACAGCCAUGGCUAUUGUCUUACAUAGCGUCUUGCUUUCCCCAGCGCUGUCAGUCCCAUGGGCAGUCCUCCUGGCCUUAAAGUGUCCCAUCCCCCACGCUUCCCCAAUCUCUGUCACCUAGGCCUUGCCUUGACUUUCUUUUUUCCUUUCGGGCCUCCACUCUUUGCCCCUCCAAAUUAUCCUUCCUUCAUACAGAAGCUCUGACACAUCUGACCUGGUCCUUCCCGGCUCUAACCCUUGCUGUGUCUUGAGAAGAAAGUCCAAGCUCCUUGGUUUGCAGUCAGGACCAAAAAGUCUACCCACCACAGCUACCCCACGGCAGCCACAGGCUGGGGCAGGCGUUUCCUAGACACACACACACACACACACACACACACUUGCUCUCCCUCACUUCUGUCUGGAGGUGUGUCCCCAUUCCCAUACUGUCCGUCUGAGGUCCACUCUCAGCGUCCCUCUCAGCCCACCCUUCCCUUGUCUGCCUCUUCAGGGUUCCACCGCUGGGUGGGGGAGGGGCCCCGCCUGGCACCCCACCCCCCAUUCCAGCCGGGGCUAAGGUCUCCAACAACAGAACCAGAGCCACUCAGUGCCCACUGGAACCCAUUCAGGGCGGACUGGGGCCCCUCGUCCCAAGCCAGAAGGGCUUUGGGGGAGGGGUGCAGCCCUUGGCAGACUCACCGUGUGGCCAAGGGGGGUGAGAGGCGCCAGGGAGGUAGGGGCUAACCUCGCAGGGAGAGGCGAGAGCGUGGUUCUGUUUCCCCCGCUGGGGGGCUGGCGGCGGAGUGGGAGGCCUUGGCGACGGAGCCUGUGGGCUGAGGGUCGGAGCAGGACGGCAUCCGGUGGCAGGGGCGCCAUGGCCACCAUCCAGUCGGAGACUGACUGCUACGACAUCAUUGAGGUGCUGGGCAAGGGCACCUUUGGGGAGGUGGCCAAGGGCUGGCGGCGAAGCACCGGCGAGAUGGUGGCCAUCAAGAUCCUGAAGAACGACGCGUACCGCAGCCGCAUCAUCAAGAACGAGCUGAAGCUGCUGCGCUGCAUGCGGGGCCUGGACCCCGAGGAGGCCCACGUCAUCCGCUUCCUGGAGUUCUUCCACGACGCCCUCAAGUUCUACCUGGUCUUCGAGCUGCUGGAGCAAAACCUCUUCGAGUUCCAGAAGGAGAACAACUUCGCACCCCUCCCUGCCCGCCACAUCCGGACGGUCACCCUGCAGGUGCUCAGGGCCCUGGCGCGGCUCAAGGAGCUGGCCAUCAUCCACGCCGACCUCAAGCCGGAGAACAUCAUGCUGGUGGACCAGACCCGCUGCCCCUUCAGGGUGAAGGUGAUCGACUUCGGCUCAGCCAGCAUUUUUAGCGAGGUGCGCUAUGUGAAGGAGCCGUACAUACAAUCCCGCUUCUACCGGGCCCCCGAGAUUCUGCUGGGGCUGCCCUUCUGCGAGAAGGUGGAUGUGUGGUCCCUAGGCUGUGUCAUGGCCGAGCUGCACCUGGGCUGGCCCCUCUACCCGGGCAACAGCGAGUACGACCAGGUGCGCUACAUCUGCGAGACCCAGGGCCUUCCCAAGCCCCACCUGCUGCAUGCCGCGCGCAAGGCCCAUCACUUCUUCAAGCGGAACCCCCACCCUGACGCCACCAACCCCUGGCAGCUCAAGUCCUCGGCUGACUACCUGGCUGAGACCAAGGUACGUCCACUGGAGCGCCGAAAGUACACGCUCAAGUCCUUGGACCAGAUUGAGACAGUGAACUGCGGCGGGGCUGCGGGGCGGCUGAGCUUCCCAGACCGGGAGGCGCUGGCGGAGCUUGCUGACCUCAAGAGCAUGGUGGAGCUGAUCAAGCGCAUGCUGACGUGGGAGUCGCACGAGCGCAUCAGCCCCAGCGCAGCCCUGCGCCACCCCUUCGUGACCAUGCAGCAGCUGCGCACCACCCACGAGGGCACCCGCUACUACCAGCUGUCACUGCGGGGCUGCCGCCAGUCACUGCAGGUGGAGGGCAAGCCACCCCUGUCUGCUGCAGCCGGCGCUGAGGACGGGCCACCCUACUACCGUCUGGCUGAGGAAGAGGACGCCACCAUGGGCAGGGGUGGCAUGGCAAAUGGCGGGUCCUUCUUCUGGGAUGAGAAGGCACCCGGCAUGCAAAGGGCCAUCGACCAGCUGGACGAUCUGAGCCUUCAGGAGGCCGGGUGUGGGCUGUGGGGUGAGGCCCACGCUGACACGGUUUCCGACAUGCUGACCCCACUCAAGGCAGCCACCACUGGCUGCCGGGUCCCCAACUCAGGCCCAGAGCCCAUUCUGGCCUUCUAUGGCAGCCGCCUGGCAGGCCGCCACAAGACCUGCAAGCUGCCUUCGGGCUCCAAGUCCAACUCCAACUUCAGCAACCUCAUCCGGCUGAGCCAGGCCUCGCCAGAGGAUGACGGGCCCUGCCGGGGCAGCGGCUGGGAGGAAGGAGAGUGCCAAGGGGCCUCUGCCGAGCCACCUGCCAUCCCACAGCGGGAGGGCGACGGGCCCAGCAUCAAGGACACGGCCAUGGAAGAGGAGAGGUCAGGCCCCGAGCUCUUCAAUACCAACUGCUGUCCUGGAGAAUGGCUAGGCGAGGCCGACUGGAGCACGCAGGGCAUCAGGGGCCUUCGGGCUCAGGGGGUCCCCACCCGCCACCUCCACCCGCACACCACCCCCCGGGCCACCAGCUUUCUGCAGCACGUCGGUGGGCACCACUGAUGGUGACCACACCCCUACCCACGACUGGGGGCUGCACCGGUUGGGCUGGCAUCCCUUCUCAUCCCGAACUGUUCCUCAGGGCUGUUCCCCGAACCCACAGAUUAUUCUUACACAAAGAUAGUUAUCCAGAAUGCCCCCUUCCCCCAGCGCAUGCCCCCAGGAAACAGGAGACCCCUGAGGUCUGGCCCGUGGCCCCCCUGGCCAGGGUCAGCAGGAAGAGGGCUGCACCCGUGGGCCCGAGCUCGCCCUGGUCUUGCUACUUCCGCCUAUUUCAAUAAAGAACUGUUCAGCA